GAGGAUGGUUAUCGAGAGCUGCGGGGAAUGUGGAUGGCUAAACGCAGCCGAAGUUGCUAGCGACGAGCGUGGUGAGAAAAGGAGGGAGCUUCGGGAUAUGGCUGGUCGUCCGGAAGGGUUGAGGAGAGCCUUUGUGAAAGGUAAGCGGUUUUAAGAUGUUUGUCUGUCGUGCCUCAUGUUGAAGCGUAUGAAAGCUGAGUCAGGGAGCGUUGCUCGUCUGUCUUGCGUCGUAUGAAAGCUUGAAGCUGAGUCGGAGAGCGUUUGCUCGUAGGGGUCGAGGUAGAGGGGAUGUGGGGUAGGGAUGGAGCGUUUCUCGUCUGCUGAGUCAGAGAGCAUUUGCUCGUCUGGAUGUGCGGUAGGGGUAGAGGGAUGGAGGGAUGGAGAGUCUGGUGAGUUGGAGAGCAUCUGUCUUACGUCAUGUGAAGACAAGAGUUGAAGAGGGAGUGAACGGGUUCAUUGUGCUUAAGUACUCUGUGCAGAGGAAAUGAGCGGUGUUCUGGGCGUGGCCCUGUUCCUGAACAAAGUUUAUGAAAAUACAUUUAACCUUUUACCGAAGAGUUUGUGUCCCAUGUGACACCAAAAGUCAACGAAGAUUUACUGAAGCCAUAAGCUUUCCUCUCCUAAACCUAGUGAGGUCGUUUUGUUCAGAAACCUCAAUUGUUUCCGUGGUGGCGGCAGGUAAUACUGUUGAGAGGUUAUUUCAUAUAGUUCAGUGAGAUCACGUUGCUUGCUUUCUGCCUAGUGACAUUAAGUGCACACUACUAACUGUGUUGAUGCUGAAUAUUGUGAUAUACGUUGUGGGGUAAAGCAUUGAUCAAUGUGAAUGUACUUCCUGGAUACUAGGAUGGUUUAUUUUUAAUUAUAUUUAACUGAGUACAAUCAGCGACAAUAUUAAAAGUCUCUAACUCAUCUAGAGGCAACUAUUGGGGCUAAAAAUGUAGCAUUUGUCUUAAUAAUACUACAUUUUAUUUAUACAGCGCUUUAAAAGGCACACACUUAAUGCUUGACAUGAGCCAAAUGAACGAAUAUGUAUUCUUCCCCCCCCCCAUACUAUUUUUAAUUUUUUUUUUAUUGAUUAGUUUUGUUGUUUUCUAGUAAAUAGAUGUAAAUAGUUGAUUGAGAUUGUCUGAAAGGUUUGUUGAUCAGUCGGUAUCAAAACGUUUAUUUAAAUUUGAGCUUUUUUAUUUACAUGUUUUUACCACUUUACAUGGUAAAAACAGAAACAAUAAAAGCAAUUAUAAUAAGAACAAAAUAGAUGACAUCAUAACAGUCAGGAACAACACGGAAAAAGAAAAAAGAAACGUACAUAACUCACUUUACAGGUCAAAAGCAGAUUUAAAUAGAUGAGUUUUAAGUGCAGUUUUGAAAGUGGCGAGUGACGGAGAAUGUCUGAGGUGUUGAAAGUGACGACAGUGGAAAGAGCAUCGGGUCAAAAGAAUCCAAAGGGUUUGGUCACUUUACCUCAGAGGAGGCUGGUCCACAGAGGCAGAUGAGGUUGCCCCUCCUGUAGUUUUGAAAAGCAAGACAAAGAUCAAAUUACAAAAAUAAGAGUAAUUGGUUGAAAUAAACUAUUACCAAUUCUCAGUUUGAUUUAUAAAAUAUUUUCUCUGUUCUCGGGAAGCUAAUCUAUUAUUGAAAUUGUUAUUAAUAUGUCCCAACAGCAACACCUGCAGGAAAGGCAAAAGAUCAGUGGUGGGGGGGCAGAGGAGGCUCCUGCUGUCCUCCUUAGAGCGGACCUCUUCUAGCAAUUUCAUGUAAUCCUUCUUUUUCAUGCUAAUCUGUGAUUGGUCAAGACUCAUAAAAUGACUCUCCAAGGAAGAUCGUGGCUUUGUGUUGGUCCAAUGAUGAUUUCCAAAUGUCUUCUUCAAUGUUCUACUACUGUAUGAAUGUGACGAACAGACAGGAAAGCAAAAACCCAGAAAUAAAACGAUAAUAACUAGUGAUGGCAAGAAGGAAGCUUCAUGAAGCAUUGAAGCUUACCAGCCAAUUGGUUUGCAAAAGGCUUCAUGGAUGAAUAGCGAAUAGGCUUGAGUAAUUACGAAAGUGAUGAACAGGGAAGACCUUAUUUGAUUUUAUUUAGGAACAAUCUCAACGUGUUUUGGCUCGUCAUCAAUGACGUUGUUGGUCUAAAACGAUACGAUGACAUGACGCGUCCCUCACACCACGUGACAUCAUUAACGGCAGGCUUCUAGUGACAGGUUACACUCACGAGGUUCAUUCUGGUCUCAUCUCUUUGCAGUGAUUGGUUUAAUUAAGAAAUCUUUGAAGUCAUUUUUUCACUGAUUCAUUUGAGAGAGGAGAGAUAAGUAGCCAACUAGUGUAGUCGUAACUAUAAUCGUAUUUAUGUAGCACUUUUCAAGCUUAAGCACAAAGUGCGUUCCACAGUAAAUGAUGUAUAGAAUAAAAAUAAAAAGUCAUACACCAGUGUAAAGCUUUGUUUACACUCGCGCUUGGCGCCGUAGUGCGAGCCUCCGCAGACCGAGCUCCGACCAUGAACUGAGGCGUUUACACUCCGCACUGUGCGCUGCAUUAUUCUCCUGAACACCAGAGGGCGCACAAACAAAAUGAUCUGUGAAGAAUUAAAAGACAAUGAGUGUAACUCAGAGAUAUGACCAUAGACUGUAGGUGUAACCCUAACCCAUAUAAACUAACCUCCACUAUAGAGAAGAGGGAUUGUGACUCUCUGUAAACUCAUAUUUCAUAUUCAUGGACUACUUUACUGUCUUUAUACAAGACCUGUGAAGAAGAAAGUUAAUUAUUAAAUUCAUUAUGAAGAAACAAAGGUUGAACAUCCUGUGAACACUUUGAUUGGGCUGCAAAAUAUUAUCUCAAAGGAAGAUUUUGAAGUUUCUAAAGCAUCUACAAGCAAACUGACCUUCUUUGUAUAAUCCUAGAAAUGUAUAUAGUGUUUUUAUCAGUGAACUAUUUGUGACAGUCAUGUGAUCACGCUGCACGUGAUACAAAAAUUCAGAGGUGCACGACCAAUGCAGUGUAACUUUAGCUGCAGGAUGAGAUUUGAGGGAAAAGAACAUUUUCAGAGUGAUGUGAAGGUGACGGUCUGCUUGUGGUUGUGACCAGGAUGACUCAGGUGAGCCAUCAGCAGUGGGGACAGGUGGUCGGGCUGGGCCGUGUGGACCUGUGGGUCCUCCAGUCCUCUCUGGUGCGCGUGGAGGUCCUCACCCUGGGUGCCAUCAUCAGGUCCGUGUGCAGCAGAGGGAGGGAUGGACGGAUGGAAGACGUAGUCCUGGGCUAUGAUGACCUGGAAGGUUACGUGUCAGAUAAGCGCUACCUGGGAGCUGUGGUGGGCCGCGUGGCCAACAGGAUCGCACUGGGACGCUUUGUGGUGGAGGGGAAGGAGUACCGACUAGAUGUCAAUAAUGGACCCAAUGCACUGCAUGGAGGGCUGCGGGGCUUCAAUAAGGCUAUCUGGCUUGCUACAGCAGUGGAGGGGGGUGUACAGCUGAGUCUCACCAGUCCAGAUGGAGACCAGGGUUAUCCUGGAGAGGUCCAGGUCUCUGUCUCCUACACCCUACAGGGGGAAACACUAACUGCUGAAUACCAAGCCCGGUCUACCAAAACCACCCCGAUCAACCUCACCAACCACGCCUACUUCAACCUGACGGGACAGGGGGCAGCAGAUGUCUACGACCAUCAGGUGUGCAUCAGAGCUCAGUCCUACCUGCCUUUGGAUGACUCAUCGAUUCCUUCAGGAGAGAUCAGACGAGUGGAUGGGACGCCCUUUGACCUCAGAAAGCCUGUUCUGAUUGGCCCCCGGCUGAAGGAAAUUCCAGGUCCGGGGUUUGACCACAACUUCUGUCUGUCAUCACCUGGGGACACCUGGAUAGAGAGACACGCUGCCAGAGUGUGUCACCCAGCCAGUGGGCGGGUCCUGGAGGUUUCUACCAGCCAACCAGGCAUCCAGUUCUACACUGCCAACUUCCUGGAUGGCUCUAUGACAGGAAAGGGCGGGGCUAGGUACGGGAAGCACAGCUCCUUCUGUCUGGAGACACAGAAUUGGCCUGAUGCUGUCAACCAGGCUUCAUUUCCUGAUUGUCUUCUGCGUCCUGGUGAGCACUACCAACAUGUGACUCGCUUCACUUUCACCACUGUCUGAUGUGACCAACAGCGGGACAGACCAACAGCGGGACAGACCAGCAGUGGGACAGAGAGCAGGAUGUCCAUGCACUGAUUGUACAUUUCCUGUCUCACAGUAAACAUUAUAAUCAUGUAGCAUGCUGUUGAGCAGCCAGGGCCUCUUUCAGUGCCAGUUCAGUUCCCCUCUGUGUAACUGUGUGAUUUGAUGCAGGUUCUUUUGAUGAGAUGUGUGCUACUACACAGGUGCUAUGAUGGCUUUUGUAACUACAGUAGUUAUUACAGCCUGUACCUGUGGGUGUGUGUUCCUCGUCCAACCUGACCAAACUGUUUCUAAUUCAAACAGAAAAUAAAGAAGGAGCUGACUCACUCAA